GGCACCGGAGAUGGGCUGCGACAAGCAGAUCGAACCGUAGUUGCGUUUGUUACAGGACAGCUCGGAGAUGGCAAAUCCUGUGGUGCAAAGCUUGGCGACAUGGCUCCUGCUGAUGGCAAUGGUAGCCGAUGUGGGGACAUUGACAAUUCCGAAAACCUCCAUACGGGCACAGAUCGGGAGCCCUUUCCAGCUUCAGUGUGAGCUCGGCCCCAAGGAGUCUGUGACUUGGGAGAGGAAGGCCUAUAAUGAGUCCAACUGGCAAGCAGUGAGCAACGCAGGACCUACCUACACCUGGCAGAAAGUGACGAAGGAGCACAUGGGAAUUUACCGCUGUCAGAACAAGCACACCAGAGAAUACUCUUGCGAUAUCGGACUUCGGGUAUACGAGUCACCGCAAAAAUUCUUCAACAUCAAGGAAUCUGUGAAGAACAUCAUCCUGAUGGUGGAGGGUGUGCUCCUGCUCGGCCUCGUUGUUAUCCCAGGGACCAUUCUGCUCCGAGAGAAAUCUCAGAAAUGCUUGAAGGAGAAGAUUCAACGUUACAAGGAAGAGAAUGAGAACCUGUACGAGGGUCUGAACCAGGCGGAUCAGUCGACUUAUGAGGACAUCACGCGGGGUCAGCAGUGCAUGUACCAGGACGUGGCCAACUACAGACUGAGCGACUGCCAUCUGGAGCAGCCCUGAGCGCUGGGGAAAGGAUCGGUCCCCGGGCAUUGGCACUGCAUCACCCACCAACACCAGCAGGUGGCUCUGUAACAGUGUCAACACAGUCUCCAGACAG